GGUCAUUCGUUAAACAACAUUAAAAACGUGUUUAAGAUGUAGUGUUGUAAGUAUGUAGCCUAAUUGUUGUAAUUAUUCGGGUAAAAUAUGCAUGAAAGUGAAAGAUGUUGGUUAGAACUACCAACAUAACGUAAAUAAGCAGAACAACGAUGGCUGCUAACAGUAUAUUUUUAUAAAAAUUAGUGGAAAUUAACAAUGGAAAAUGAGGACGAUAAUAAUGUGGACACCAGCGAGUUUGAGGAGAUCGAAGAGUUGAGUUCGAAACGUUACAGAUUGCCGCGUAAGCAGAAAAUUACGUCUAAAAAAGUUUGUGCCAAAGAGGAGAGAAAUGCAUCCAUAAAAAAGAUAUCAAUUAUUCUGCAAAAACCACUUCAAGAGCGAAGCUUCGAAGAAACGGAGGUGUUGAAAGGAUGCAGCGUCGAAGUGGAAGAAGCGCAAGAAAGAUUAAGAAAGCGCACGGAAGCCAAGAGACGUCUGGAAGAGAUCGAAGACCCCGAAGAGGAGCUAAGAUACAAAUGCCAAAUAUUAGCCCAGGCGAUUGCGCAGUCGCAACACCUGGUCGUGUAUACGGGCGCCGGCAUCAGCACUGCGGCCGAGAUACCCGACUACAGGGGGCCCAACGGUAUCUGGACCAGGCUGCAGAAAGGAAAGGAUAUUGGGGACCACGACCUCACGCUAGCCAAACCGACCUUCACCCACAUGGCUCUCUCGGAGCUGUACAAACGUAAAAUACUCAAAUACGUGGUUUCGCAAAACUGCGACGGCUUGCACUUGCGCAGCGGACUACCGAGGACCGCGCUGUCCGAGGUGCACGGCAACAUGUACAUCGAGGUGUGCAAAGCGUGCAAGCCGCACAGAGAGUACUUGAGGCUUUUCGAUGUAACGGAAAACACGGCCAGAUUCUCUCACAAGACCUACCGGAAGUGCUACGAGUGCAAUUCCGCGUUGGUCGACUCCAUAGUGCAUUUCGGGGAGCGUGGCAGUUUGGCGUGGCCUCUGAACUGGUCGGGGGCGUGCAAAAACGCCAAAAGCGCCACAACUAUUCUCUGCUUGGGCUCGAGUCUUAAAGUGUUGAAGAAGUACCCGUGGCUGUGGCAGAUGGACAAGCCCGCAAAAAGGCGGCCAAAUUUGUACAUUGUGAACUUGCAGUGGACCCCUAAAGACGACUGCGCGAACGUUAAAAUACACGGUAAAUGCGACGAGGUUAUGAAGUUGGUUAUGCAGAUGUUGGGGGUUAAUGUUGCCGCCUACGACGAAGCAAAGGAUCCUAUUUUCGCGCACGCCACCGAUUUGGACGAUUUAGAGUUGCACACGACCACGCAACCGCAACUAAAGUCGACCAAAAUGAAAGAAAAAAGCGACGACGUCAAGUUGGAGUCGGUUGAUAAAGAGGAUAAAGACUGCCCCAAAAGUAAUAAAGAUCUCUCGGAACCGGUAAAUUCUCCUGCACCCGCCUGUGAUAACUCUAAAAGUAGCUAUAGUAACAACUCGCCUGCACGUCUUCCUAGCGCAGCUAAACUCACCAACAACUCGUCCUCGUUCUCCAUAGACAGUUUGUUGACCGGCCCCGCUGCGAACAACACGAUCCUGCUGAACAAUCUGCCCCCGCAGCAGCAAGUGGCGCCCAACUCCUACCUAACGAACAAUUUCAACGCGGCGCUGCUGCUGCACCGGCAGAUUUUCGGCGGGUACACGGACUUCCUGCUCUACCCGUACCAGACGAGUUUCCUGUACCCCGGACUGCACAGCAUCAUAAACCCGGUGCCGCUGUUUCGCGAGCCGGAAACGGCCGCGGCGAAAAUCGAGCCUUCGUGCGCGUUUUGCGAUGGACACUUCAAAUCGCCGGUGUGCCUGUUUUACGCCAAGUUCGACGCCAAAUUCGGCAACAAGCAGCUCAGGUACAGCAAAAUCGAGUGCAAGAACAAACCCAACGUUUGCGUGUGUUGCGACUACACGACUGAAGAAGAAGAAGACGUGGAGGAGUUCAACGAAAGAGACAGUAAAGACGAUAAGGAUCAAAUAAAAAGUAAGAUACAGGCGGGUUGGUUCGGGAAAGGGUACAAAAAGUAUAAGAGGUACAAAAAGAAAUCGAUUUGAAUUUAUUUUUCUGCAGUAUUAUUACAUUUCGUUAUUGUGUUUAGUGAACGUAUUUUCGUGUCUGUACCUAAUUAUUUUUAAUCUGUGUGAUUAUGUACAUUAUUUUAUAUAUUUCCCUUUUUUUACAUUUUUCUUUAAUAAAACAACAAUUUUUACUAAACUUUUGUUUUAUUGCCAGCUGAAUGCCGAAUAAAAGUCAAAAGAAAAAACAAUAAAAAACGUAA